GUACGUGUUGAAUGAUAGAAAUUUUGGCAUGAGGGAUGGUUUCUUGCCCUGCUGUCUACGGUGAGUUAUGUCCUGUUUUGAGAACCAUUGUUUUGGACAGGCAAUCUCUGUUUCUUCUUCUCCUGAUUACAUUUUCAAAACGACAGUACUGCAUGCGAACUGCAACAUUAUAUUUGGGAAUAAGCGCAAACAAAAAUCACGAUAAACCGAUGCCUAAAGCCAGAAGUAAGAUUGAGGCGGAAGACGGUGAACAUGAUCAUCUGAUGCAACUGGAAGAUUCCUCACCCUUCCCUGUGUUUUCUAUUGAAAUCUUUGCUAACAUCGUUUCUCAUGAACCAACCAUUAUGCAACAGCUUUUGGUGCCACAGGGCCAGUUGAUGCAGUCCGGCACUUCCUGGUCAGCUAUAUCUAGCAAGCUUUCACGGAUGCAUGUACCCUUUAGCCUUCAUGCGACGGUAACGCAAAAGAUCAUAGAAUGUGCACGUUCAGCAGCGAACGAGGUACAAAACAAGAACCGCAAGAACAUACCUAUUGUUGUGACUCUUUGUCCUGUAAGACUAAUGGAAGAGGAAGCGCUACUUUCUGAGCUCGACGCUUCUGCAGAAUCCUUCGAUGUGCAAGUUUUCAGGCUGUGGGGUGCAAGCAAGGGAGCUAGAGAGGCACUGGAGAAGGUUAAAGUUGAAGGAUUUACAGGACAGUGUGUUAUUUGUUUGGAAGAGAUUUUGGAUCGGAUGAAAGCUUGUGGAAUGCCUUGCUCCCAUGUAUAUCAUCACGAUUGCAUCGUCAGCUGGUUGGAGAAGAGCAACGUUUGUCCACUUUGUCGAUUCAGAUGCCUAAUUGAUCUGUGA